AUGCGCGCUUUGCGGACCAUCGUGGACAUGUCGUACGCUCGCCACUUCCUGGACUUCCAGGGCUCCGCCAUCCCCCGCGUUAUGCAGAAGCUGGUGGUGACCCGGCUGAGCCCCAACUUCCGUGAGGCGGUCACCCUGCGCCGGGACUGCGCGGUGCCGCUCCCCGGGGAUGGAGACCUCCUCGUCCGGAACCGCUUCAUAGGUGUUAAUGCAUCGGACAUCAACUAUUCUGCUGGCCGCUACAACCCUGCUGUGAAGGUCCCCUUCGAUGUGGGCUUUGAAGGCUUGGGUGAGGUAGUGGCCUUGGGCCUCUCGGCCAGUUCCAGGUACUCAGUGGGCCAGGCAGUAGCUUACCUGGCACCCGGUUCUUUUGCUGAGUACACAGUGGUGCCUGCUAGCGCUGCCACUGCAGUGCCCUCUCUGGAGCCCGAGUACCUCUCCCUGCUGGUGAGCGGUACCACAGCCUACCUCAGCCUGGAGGAGCUGGGGGCACUGUCCCCAGGCCAGAAGGUGUUGGUGACUGCUGCGGCGGGGGGCACAGGCCAGUUUGCUGUGCAACUUUCAAAGAGGGCAAAAUGCCACGUCAUUGGGACCUGCUCAUCGGAGGAGAAGGCUGCUUUCCUGAGGUCUGUGGGCUGCGAUCGCCCCAUUAACUAUAAGAUGGAGGAUGUGGGUGCUGUCCUCCAGCAGGAGUACCCCGAUGGCGUGGACGUGGUCUACGAGUGCGUGGGGGGACCCCUGUUUGACUUGGCGGUGAAUGCGUUGGCCACCAAAGGGCGUCUGAUCAUCAUUGGGUUUAUUUCUGGCUACCAGACUCCCACUGGCCUCGCACCCGUGAAGGCAGGGCUGUUACCAGCCAAACUGCUGAAAAAAUCCGCCAGUGUCCACGGCUUCUUCCUCACCCACUACCUGUCCCGGUGUCCGGAGGCCAUGGGCCGCUUGCUGAAGAUGCACACAGAUGGGGAACUGGUGUGCCAGGUGGACCUCGGUGCACUCUCACCAGGGGGCAGGUUCACAGGCCUGGAGUCGGUUUUCCGAGCUGUGGACUAUAUGUACACAGGGAAAAACACUGGAAAAGUCAUCGUUGAGCUACCUCCCUCUGUUAGCAGCAAGUUGUAA